AUGCAAUCCGAUGAAGAUGCCACGUCCAUGGAACUUGAGAAAGUUAUAUCUGAAUCAAAUCAUGUAUCUUUUGCUUCAAAAUCAAACUUUGCACCCUUGAAGGCUCACGAGAUAUCCGAUGGUCAAGUUCAUUUCAGGAAAGUCUCUAUACCACCGCAUCGAUAUACGCCUCUCAAGAAAGCGUGGAUGGAAAUUUACACUCUUAUAUAUGAGCAGAUGAAAAUUGACAUUCGAUUCGACGUGAUUGAUGUCGUUCCAGUUCUCCGCAUGGACGAACUCUAUGUGGAGUCUUUUGAGAACAAAGAUGUGAAAACCCUUCGAGGCGAGCACUUGUCUCGUGCCAUUGGAAGAUUAUUUGGUAAAGGGGGUAAAACUAAGUUUGCAAUUGAGAAUUCUACGAAGACUCGAAUUGUGGUUGCAGACACCAAAAUUCAUAUAUUGGGUUCUUUUGCCAACGUCAAAAUUGCAAGUGAUUCUCUCUGUAGCCUUAUCAUGGGGUCACCUGCUGGCAAGUUUAUUUGA